GAAGCAUGGCUGCGCCGGCAACGCUCUGCUAUUGCUUACCCUACCCCAAGAGGCAAGAGGCUCGUGUACAUGGCCACCAAGUACAUCGUCGGAUCGGUGGCGGCCUCCUUCGCCUUCGCCUACGCCUGCGGCGUCUACGUCGCCGACAGGAAGGUCCUCGGAGGCACGACCCCUCGGACCGAGGCGACGACCGAGUGGUGGCAGGAGACGGACAGGAAGUUCCAGGCGUGGCCGCGCACCGCCGGCCCGCCGGUCGCCAUGAACCCCAUCAGCCGCCAGAACUUCGUCGUCAAGUCGUCCAAGCCCUGAUGAGAAGGCGUUACAGUUACAACGAAGAUCGAUGAUGACAGCGCUGCCUGCUACACCGAUCUGCGUCUCGUUUUCAGAUUCCAACCAAAUCGACAAGCAAACGUGCAUCGAUCUCUUUCUGUGUCAUGACGACGCCGUGUACUGUUGACAUGCUGUAGCUUUUAUGUUUCAGUAAGGACUUGUCGAAGCACCAGACACGCGUCACU